AUGGGUAUGGUGACACUUUUUGGUCUCUGUUCCAGCAUGGGAAUCUGGUCCAGAAUAUCCACACCUGCCAGCUCUGUCAUGAUAUUGUUUCUUGUGAAACAGGCCAAAGGAUCUCUGCUGGAAAAAACCACUACUGAAUGGAACAGAUAUAAAAAAGAAUGCUUGAAAAUGCUGCAGGAACCAACUGUAGAUACUGGAAUACGUUGCAAUGGGACAUUUGAUCAAUUUGUUUGCUGGCCUUACUCACCCCCAGGGAUUGUCUCUGUUCCUUGUCCUUCCUAUUUGCCGUGGUUGGAAAAUGGAAGCGUAGGAAAUGUAUACAGAGUCUGCUUGGACGAAGGGACUUGGCAAACAAAGGAAAACUCCACAGACAUUUGGCGAGAUAGUUCAGAAUGUUCUGAGAAAAAUCAUUUCAAAAAAAAUGAAGAAGAACAUAAAUUACUCACCACAUUACAGGUGUUGUACACUAUAGGGUACUAUUUUUCUCUCAUCUCGCUUGUGCUGGCUCUCCUCAUACUUUCUUUUCUCAGAAAACUUCACUGCACAAGAAACUACAUCCAUAUGAAUUUAUUUGCAUCUUUUAUCUUGCGUGCAACAGCAGUUCUUAUAAAAGACACUGUGUACUACAAAAUUUACUCCAAAAGACCGAAUGAUGAAACUGGAUGGAUAUUAUACCUCAGUCCUGAGAUUGUAAUUGUUUGCAGGACUGCCCAGUUUUUCAUGCAUUACUUCGUCGGGGCAAAUUACUUUUGGCUGUUGGUAGAAGGAAUUUAUUUGCAUACGUUACUGAUAACCGUCGUACUCUCUGAAAGACGGCUGCUGCAGACAUACGUCGUGAUAGGAUGGGUUGUUCCCAUCCUGUUUGUGGGCCCUUGGGGAAUAAGCAGAUCAAAACUGGAGAACACAGGGUGCUGGGGAACAAAUGAACACAUGGGCAUCUGGUGGAUCAUCCGAGGACCAAUGUUGUUUUCCAUUGCAGUUAACUUUGGCAUCUUCUUAAAAAUCCUCAGGAUGCUGAUUUCCAAACUAAAAGCUCAGCAAAUGACCUUCCACGACUACAAAUACAGAUUGGCGAGAUCUACACUUGUGCUGAUUCCAUUGUUGGGAAUCCAUGAAUUUGUUUUUACCUUCAUCACCGACGAACAGGUGGAAGGGCUUUCAAGACAUAUAAGACUAUUCAUUCAGCUGACAAUGAGCUCAUUUCAUGGUUUUUUUGUAGCAGUUUUAUAUUGCUUUGCUAAUGGAGAGGUGAAAGCUGAGCUCCAGAAGCAGUGGUCCCGCUUCCUACUGGCAGAUCCCUUUGGCUGUAAACUCUGCUUUCUCGGGGAAAACAUAAAAUACCUCAGGAAAUGUUCACAGAAAGGAAAAAAACAGCACCCUGGCAGCAAACCCCGCUUGUGCCUGGAGACGAACGAGCCCUGGGGCGUGCAGCUCCAGCAGGUGCUGGUGAAGCAGAGGACAGAGCUCAGCCCCGAGCCUGGCUCUGCUCCUCCGCACCGGCCAUGGCCGAGCAUGUCAGAGAGCAGCGAAGGAGAAGUCACCACUGGGGAGACGACCGAGGAAGUCUUCGAAGAAAGCGAGAUUUAG